AUGGAGCAGUGGGGAGCCACAGUAGCUAGAUCCGUAAUCUUAAAAGGUUUCUUGUGGUUCCUGCUCCCACCUUCAUAUAAAGACUUGCAAGCAGCAGCGCGUCAUGGCCCAGUCAUCAUCCUCAUUGCGAGUCAAUAUUCGUGCAGCACCAUCAUUGUCCCGACGUCAGGAAAACCCCGUCAUGUUCCCUUGCCGUCUGUCACUCUCGCAGACCUCAAGGAUCGCUUCGCCAGCGCAAUAUGGCACCCAUCUGUCAUGGGCACAAAGGGGACAUGCCUGGAGGAUCUCUACAUCUGUUCUUACACGCCGACACUUUCGGCUCUGGUCAGAUCUAGACCGAUGAUGAAGAAACGUGUCCCUCCGUCCUUCAUGGCGAUCAGACAGACUCAACCAGUUUCAGGGAAAGGCAAAGCGCUCUUGGCUGUCGACAGCGAGAUCAAGCUUGUCCGACAGCUCGUCCCUGUGAUGACCAACCGUACCACUAUUUCUGGCGACGCAGUCACACCAGCAGGUGCACUUCAAGCAUCACAAGAGAAUACCUAG